AUGGACGUCACCGUCCUGCUCGGCCUCAGCUUGACCAACGUCGAGGUCGACGUGAGUCGCAGCGCAGUCACCGUCAGCGGCUGGCUGAACAUCGGCUGGAAGAACCCUGCUCUCAGCUGGACCAGCGAUAACUCAGUCUUGAAGAACAUCGAGCGCACGUACCUGCACAUGGAUCAGAUGUGGAUUCCCGACAUGAGGCCGAUCAACAUGCUGGACAUAGCCAAAAGCUGGUUUGGAAAGACGGUAGCGCUUGUUUGGCGCGAUGGACGCGCCCACUUGGGCUUGCCGGUGACCAUCAGCUUCCGCUGCAAAAACACCGUCACCGACGACUCGGACCAGUUCAGGUGCCCCAUCACGAUCGGGCCUUGGGUGCACAGCGUCGAUGAGGUGGACGUGCAGCCGGCGUCAGACACCGUCGACGUCUCCCACAUAGUGGCCAGCGGCGCCUGGAGGGUGGCCAGGUCGUCUGUGGUGCGAAGAGAGGUGACGUACGCCUGCUGUCCGCGGGAGUUUGCCAUGCUGGACAUGGAGCUCAUCUUGCGCCCGCAAUACUGCUAG